CCAAGUUUGUGCUUAAAAUACACACAAACGGCUCAUAUUUUUAAGCUUAAUUUUACCCCCUCUGUUCAAUAUUUUGAAUCCGAUCGAUCAUCCUCAUGGCAUCUGACCAGGUUAAGCUGUUGGGAGCAUGGUGGAGCCCUUAUGUGCUUCGUAUUAGAGUCCUUCUUAACCUUAACUCUAUAGAUUAUGAAUUUGUUGAGGUGCAAAUAAAGCCUAAGAGUGAGCUUCUUCUUCAACUAAACCCGAUUUACAAGAAAAUACCCGUCCUCGUCCACAACGACAAGCCCAUAUGUGAAUCUCUCGUCAUCAUUCAGUAUAUCGAUGAUGUCUGGACUACUUCUGAUUCCUCAUUAUUCCCUACCGAUCCUUAUGAUCGGGCCAUGAACCGAUUUUGGGCGGUUUAUAUUGACGAUAAGAUAUUUCCGAUUUUAAGCGGAUUACCAGCUGCAGCGAACGAGGGAGUAGAAAAAGAGGCAAUAGAUAAUUUUGUUGAAGCGGUAUUUCCCUUGGAGGAUGUCUUUAAGAAUUGCAGCAAAGGCGGGAAAUUCUUUGGCGGAGACAAGAUUGGAUUUCUAGACAUAGUUCUGGGAAGUUUCGUAGGUUGGUUCAAAGCCAAUGAGGUGCUUAACAAUGUUAAAUUGUUUGAUGAAAUCAAAUUUCCCAAUUUGUCCCAUUGGGUUGAUGAUUUUGCAGCCGAAGAAGCCGUUAGAGAUGUGUUACCUUCAACUGAUAAGUUGGUCGAGUUUGCAAAGGUUUUCUUUAAGAGCAGAACCCAAGCUAUUUAAAAUUUUACUUGUGAUCUUGCUCCUUUCAAUUUGUUACUUGUAUUUUAUUUUAUACCCAAGAGACCUAUGUAUGAGUAUGACAAGCAAUAAAUACGUAUGGCGAUAUGGGGAAAACUUGAUGUAUUUUGUUGUUUUUAUAAAUUAUAAGAAGUGAUUUUCUUUCUACAAUUGAUUUUCUCCAGUUA